CCAAAGUAUUUGUCUUGUACCUCUACGAUCUUAGUCUGGUUACAGCGGACACACCCUAGGCCAGUGCACGUUCCUAGAGACACCCCCCGUCCAUUGGAUGCCCCCCCUUGGCUUGACAUGCAGACAGUUUGCCCGUAGGUCCAAAAAAAAAAAAGACAUGAAUUUGUUUGUUUAAUUUUCCUAGUUUAUUACUAUUUCUCUUGCCAAAAAAAAAUUUGCCCAAGGCUUAUGAGGGGAAACGGGGCGACACUUUUGGGGAAAUCUCCAGUCGUGCUCAUCGCCCACCAUAACGUUUGCAAAGUUCAACUCUGAAAUUCGUACUCUGCUCUUGAGUAAACUUCUCAAACCGACACAUUCAACCUUUCAUUUCAAAACUGGGGAAACAACGAACAAAAUGGUGAAGACGGCCCUUCAGAAGUUGGUGCAGGUUCCGGAAGCUCUGCGAGCCUCCAUCAAUCUCACGAGGGCUACGUAUCGACAGCUUGGAAACAGUGGCCUUCGUGUGUCCAAUCCUAUCCUCGGUGGUAUGCACUUGGGAAGCUCGCAAUGGCUUCCUUGGGUUCUGGACGAAUCGAAGGCUCUGAUGCUGCUUAAGGCUGCGUACGACAGUGGCAUCAAUACAUGGGAUACAGCCAAUGUGUAUUCAAAUGGCGAAUCAGAGAAGAUCAUUGGCCGCGCUCUGCAGACCUUCAACAUUCCGCGACACAAGGUCGUCAUCAUGACCAAAUGCUUUCGAGUAGUGUGUGAUUCGGAAAACCACGACCCUUCUUCAGGAGUGACAAUGCACCACGAUCUAGCAGACCACAGUAAAGACUACGUUAAUCAAUGGGGUCUUUCGCGAUCAGCCAUUUUCAGCGCAGUUGAGGCAUCUCUGCGACGGCUAAAUACGCAUUACAUUGAUGUUUUACAAAUUCACAGGUUCGACAAUACCGUCUCGCCAAAGGAAGUUAUGUGCGCUCUUCAUGACUUGGUCCGCGCGGGCAUGGUGCGCUACCUUGGGGCAAGCUCCAUGUGGACAUACCAGUUUGCUAUGCUGCAGCAUAUUGCAGAGCAAAACGGCUACACGCCCUUCAUUUCCAUGCAAAAUCACUACAACUUGUUGUAUCGCGAAGAGGAGCGCGAAAUGAACAAGUUCUGCAACAGCACAGGCGUCGGCAUAAUACCGUGGGCACCGCUUGCGCACGGCAGACUAGCCCGCCACCCCAACACCCCGGCGAGCACACUUCGAGCGUCAUUGACCAACAAUGGGUCGCUGUACGGAGGCGAUGACCGUGGCUCGGAACUAAUUAUUUCUCGAGUAUCGGAGCUGGCAAAGAAGAAAGGCUGGCCCAUGAGUCACGUUGCCCUCGCAUGGUUGAACAACCGCAGCACUUCGCCAGUCAUUGGUUUCAGUUCUGUAGAGCGCAUGGACGAGGCACUGGCAGUGAGGGGCAAGCGUCUGUCUGACGAAGAAGAGAAAUAUCUCGAGGAGCUUUACCUUGCACGACCCAUCGAGGGCCACGCCUGAGGGAGCCGGGCCACGACGAAGAAAAAUUCCUACGACUUACACGCACCACUCGCUUCCCUUCCUUUGUACCUGUCGCAAUAGCCAGCGACUUCAUUAGUUCUAAGAUUUCUCGGCGGUAUAGGCAUCAGCGCAAUUCUAUUUGUCUCUUUUCUCAAAAUGUUUUCCUUUUUCUCUUGGGACAGUGGCGGUGGUCGUCACUGCCCCUCCCUUCCUCGGGUGCAUUUGGAGAUGGUUGCAAUACUACCACAUCAGCUCCACCCACUGUGGCGUGUUAGUCUGAUCUUGUUCGACAUUGUCAAGCACAGCAGCCACUAGCACGAUUGGGUCGGCUGGUGGAUCCCGCUAAUCGUCGCAAUAACGGCCUAGUGAAGGAAUUGCAUAAUGGGCCAAAAAGGGGGUGUGUGGGCUACCACGGCCCACGAGCGCACUUUUUAGGUCGCAAUCAAUCUACCCAUUAGUCGCGUUGUGUCCUCUGCCAGGCCGUAACAAGCAUCCCGCAGCGAAAGCACCAGCCAGC